UCAAACACAGUUUUGUCCUCACGGCUCGCCGUACUUGAGACUCCACGGCGCUGCAGUUGUGAAGAGGUGGGCUCAGACACACGGAGGAGGGCCCUCCGCUAACUCACAAACCACUGACAGAACAACCAGCUGCUGUCGUGACACCGUACAUAGUGAGGCAUUAUGGGUAACACAAGCGACAGGGUGUCUGGAGAUCGUCAUGGAGGCAAGGCCCACCGCUCAGACAGCAGCGGGAGUCACAAAGACCAAGAGCAAAGCAGCAAGAUGGUGGACAGCACAGACGACCCCAACAUCUUCAACACCCACGGACCAGAUUCCAAGGCAUCAGGAGAGAAAGAAUUCACGCCAGAUCUGGAUGACCUGGUUAAAACUGGCCCUCAGGCUCGACCCACUGUGAUCCGCUGGGCUGGAGGGGGGAAGGAGGUCUACAUAGCCGGCUCCUUCAAUAACUGGAGCACAAAAAUACCACUAAAUAAGAGCCACAAUGACUUUGUUGCAAUUCUGGACCUGCCUGAAGGAGAGCACCAGUACAAGUUUUUUGUAGAUGGGCAGUGGGUCAAUGAUCCCUCAGAGCCGGUGGUAACCAGUCAGCUUGGCACCAUCAACAACCUGAUCCAGGUGAAGAAGUCCGACUUUGAGGUGUUUGACGCCCUACAGGUCGACUCUCUGGAGUGCUCCGACACAUCAGAUCUGUCCAGCUCUCCUCCGGGUCCAUACGGGCAGGAGCAGUAUGUCUUCAGACCUGAGGAGCACUUCAAAGCUCCACCGAUACUCCCGCCUCACCUGCUUCAAGUCAUUCUCAACAAGGACACCAAUAUAUCUUGUGACCCUGCCCUGCUGCCUGAACCCAACCAUGUCAUGCUAAACCACCUUUACGCUCUUUCAAUAAAGGACGGGGUAAUGGUGCUGAGCGCGACUCACAGAUACAAGAAGAAAUACGUCACUUCUCUGCUUUACAAGCCUAUUUAAACCUCAACCUGGGUGCUCCACAGUGCUUUUAGAGAGCAGCAUGUUUGUCUUCUGCUGGUUUUUGUGCGUGUGUGUCAUCACAUUUAGCCAAAUCUUGCACUGAAACAAGUUUACAGGAGAGCUGAAGGCCAGCGGCUGUGGCUGAGGUCUGGGUUUUAAAGAGGUUCCACUUCUGACUACAUAGGGCUCUGAACAAAAGUAGUGAAGUGUGUGUGUGAGAGACGACAAUCAUCCUGUGGCUUUUACCUGUGACGUCAACAGAUCGACAAGAGACUGACUAAAUCACUGUGUGUAUUUAAGUGUUUGGUGCACCUUGCGAUUAUAUUCAUGUUGGUGUUAAAAAAUAUAUUUUUGUGGUGCACAUCCACAUCAUGUUUGGCCCCGUACGGUAGAGGAGCUGUGGGAUUUUAAGUGUUACUGGUGUGGAGCAACAGUUUGACUUUGAUACGUGUUGUGUUGUCACAUCGUCUCUGAUUCUGUUCAGUUUUUAAACUAAUUGACUUGAGUGCAGAAUAACUUAAUCUGGCCUGUAUUUAUGGUCGAGGUGCUGAAGAGGGCACCAGACUUGCUUGAACUUAAAGUGCAAUAAUGUGCUGUAAAAAAAAAAGGACUGAAUUUUGCCUGUUGGUAGACCCUGAAGCUUGAUGUCCUGUUCUUCAGUGUUCACAUUGCUUAUUACACAAGUUAAAGAGCCCAUAUUAUACACAUUUUAAUUUUAUUUUUGGGCCUGCUAGGGUAUGUUUACAAACUUUAAUGUUCAAAUACUUUUUUUUUUUAAUACUGUACAUUGCUGCAGCACCUCUUAAAGGCCCCUCUGCUGAAAAUCCCAAUCUGGUCUGAUUGGUCUGACAAAAGCAAGGUAAUGACUGUGACUUGCCAUAACCCAAGAUCUUUCAGUACAGGGAUGCAUGACUGGGAGGAACAAUAAUAGUGAAGAAGUAAAAGCAGAAUAUGAGGCAGCUGGACGUUUUGAAGGCGCACCAAACCUUUGGUGUUGCGGGAUGAUGUAGACAAGUAACAGGAGAAAAGCUCAGACCUCAAACGAAGCAUUUUGAGUGGUGAUAAACUGUUUUCUGUGGGGGGAGAAUGACUCGGUUUGGAAUCGGGCAUUCACAUGCAGAAAAAUGCAGCUACACUGUACACUUUCGAAACCCCAAAUAGCACAAUAUGGGCUCUUUAUUUUUCUCCCAGUGGAAUCUGCCCCAUGAACUGAACUACAAUGGAAGUUGUUGGUUUCAGCUUUGUUAAUGUAACGGUCACUAUAGACAGAGUGCUGCUUCAACAGGGAAACUGGUGUUCAAAGCUCAGUGUUUAAGCUCAGUGUUUAGUUCUGCUGUUGCCUUUAUCUUGAUGUAAGUUUGUGAGCACUUUACCGUUGUGUGAGCAGGAGUGUUGAUGUAAGCUUUUAACUAUGCAGCAGACAACUCUGGUACUGUAGCUUCUCUGGACUACAGGCUCUAAUUUACACUUUUAGAUCUGGUGAACUUGCUGUGCUUCGUGCGUCUGCAUCUGUAUUGAGAUCAGCUGAUCAAACAGAAAUGUACUGUAUUUAUCUGUCAUGUAGAUAGCUACACACAGAGGCCUGUACACUUAAACAGUUUCAACUCGCUGCUGCUUUGCAUGCACUGAAUGUCUGCAGCUUGUGACGAAAUAUGGACGCAUUUACAGAAUGUAGUUGUAGUUUAGAAGAUGAAUGACAGCACACACCUCAAAAAGUGAUCAGAGGCACAUUACCAGAUAAAUUAUAGGGCUAUGAGGGUGAACAGCUGCCAUGAAUUUAAAUGUUGUACAAAGUUUGCUCACGUGUGUAUUCAUGGAAACCAUUCUGUAUUUUUUGGUGUGAUGGUUUUAUGUUGUUGUUGUCACUUGAAAGCGUGCUGUUGAGUCUUCUUCACUUACAGGACAGUAUAUGCUCACAGUUGAUGCACUCUACAGGCGUAUAAAGGGGCUUUCAUUAAUCCUGUUGGUGUUCAACUAGACAACCUGAAAGUAUUUUGUGAAUGUUCAGCCUCGCUGUGCCGUUUUGUCCAAAGAAUUUUUAAAACGUACAGAUAUGAUAAGGGAUUAUGGACAUGAAAAGUGGCUCGGACAAGGAGUUUCAAGGCUAAAACCAAAACUUGAAUUUUACAGCGGUUUUGUGAAUGUUUUAAAAUGCUUUGCAGAAGCAGUGUGAAGAUUCACUGUACAAGGGUUUACUUGUUUGCAAAUAAAGAGAGGACGUGUUGGUCCUACUUCCUGUCUGGUUGUCUUCUGUUCUGAAGCUCAUAACCUGUAUUCUGGAUCAAAAUCACUCUUCUGGGCUCAUGAUUAAGGAUUCAAGUACAAAAAACAAAAAAAAAAACAUAGUGUAGUGAUGUGUUGCAUUAGUACUUUUACUUAACUAUCUCUUUACUACUUCCUCCACCACUGGCCUGUUCUGAUGUUCCUCUAAUGGAUUUGGCACCAGUAAAUAGCGGAGUAAACAGUGAAACCACAGGCUCAUUUGAAGUGUUUUAUUAAUUCAUUCUCAAAAUCCUUCAGCGAUAAUACUUUUGCCAACACAACACACGGUUAGCUGUCAUCAGAGACAGGAUCCAUACGAGUCCUGUAUCGGCUUUCUAGUUCAUUAUGCACAAACUCA